AGGAGCAUAGAUCGUUUUGUUAGUGUAUUGAAAGUUAUAAUUUUCGGAGAUUAUUAUUGAAAAUGCCUGUGAAAGUAGCGAGUGCGUCAUAUCGGGAUCGGACUCAGGAGUUUCAGAGUAUAGCGGAGAGGUUAAAGAAGUCAUUUUCGUCUUUUCAGAAUGGGCCGAUUAGCAGCAGCACCAGCAGUGGUUCUAGAUCGGAGGAACAGAGGACCACUAUUGCUAUGCAAUCGGAGUUCAAUCGGCGAGCCUCCAAAAUUGGUUUUGGAAUACAUCAAACCUCUCAGAAGCUUGCAAAGCUAGCAGAACUGGCAAAAAGGACUUCCGAUUUUGAUGAUCCGACUACAGAAAUCCAGGAGCUGACUGCAGUCAUCAAGCAAGAUAUUACAGCACUUAACUCUGAUGUAGUAGAUCUCCAGCUUCACUCUAAUUCUCGUAAUGAAAGUGGUAAUAGUGAUACCAUUAGUCACUCGACGACUGUUGUAGAUGACUUGAAGAACAGGCUGAUGACUGCCACAAAGGAGUUCAAAGAAGUACUCACCAUGCGGACAGAGAAUAUGAAGGUUCAUGAGAACAGACCCCACCUAGUGGUAUUUCACUGGUUAUGUUGCUGUUGUCCACUAGCUUCAAGGAAUACUGCUAGUACAUCAGCCAGUCCUCCUCCUUGGGCUAAUGAUUCAGCUUCUUCUUCUCAGUUAUUUCCAAGGAAGCAAGGGGAUGGAAACACACAGCCAUUGUUGCAGGAUCAACAACAGCAGCAGCAGCAGCAGAUAGUUCCAUUGCAAGACAGCUUCAUGCAGAGUAGAGCUGAAGCUCUUCAAAAUGCCGAGUCUACUAUCCAUGAGCUGGGCAGCAUUUUUAAUCAGCUUGCUACCUUGGUUUCUGAGCAAGGGGAGGUUGCAGUCAGGAUUGAUGAGAACAUGGAUGACGCACUAACAAAUGUGGAAGGGGCACAAGGGGCUCUGCUCAGGUACCUCAAUAGCAUCUCGUCAAAUCGGUGGCUAAUGAUUAAGAUAUACUCUGUGUUGAUUUUCUACCUUAUGAUUUUCCUAUUUUUUGUGGCAUAGUGAACAAUGGACAUUCGACAAAGUGUGAUGUAGAAAGACAAAUAAUCGUGUAUUUUAGAUAAGUUGCUCCGACCCCUGGGAGCG